AUGGGUGCUAUGGCUUUAAGUCAAGCUCAAAAUCAUAAAUUAGCUGUGUAAGAUGAAAAUUAAGUACAAGAUGUAGAGAAAGAAAAUAUGGAAAUAGAAUAAGUUGAUUAGAUUAGUGUUGAAAACUAAAAGUAUUUAAACAAUUAAUUCUUGUAGAUAUCCAUUCUGUAUUGUUUGGACUAGUAUACCAGUUUUAACAUGGCUGAUUCCUUGUAUAGGACAUACUGGAAUUUGUACAUCUGAAGGGACUAUUCAUGAUUUUGGUGGACCAUUUUAUAUUGCAAUUGAUAAUUUUACAUUUGGAAAACCAUUAAAAUAUGUUAAAUUAAAUAAAGAUUUUGAAAUUUCAAGAUAAAAAUGGGAUGAUGCAGUUUUAAAAGCAGAUGAUGAAUUCGGUUAAUAGAUGGUAAUUAUAACAAAUAAAGAAUUUAGCAUAAUUUAUUUACAAAUAAUUGUCAUAGCCAUGUUGCAAAGGCUUUAAAUAUUAUGAAAUAUAAGGGAAAAUAAUCAUUUACUAUGUUUCAUAUAUGGCUAAUGCUCAUUGUAAGUGGAUAAUAUGUUAGGUAUUUAUCUUUCUUUAAAUUAAAAUAGUUUUGGAAGAUUUUUUAUGACAUAUUUACCAUCUAUCAUAUUUUAUGGUAUUAUUUUAAUGGUUGUAUUCUUAAGUAAAUGA